CAUGUUGUGUUAGAGACCCUCCUAGUUACACUGUCAACUGCUCUGACAGCGUAUAAACAUAGCUCACUGUCCCAACGUUAAAAAGAGAACAUUUGAGUUUGUUGACAUUUGAGAUUUGUGUACAAACAGUGUGGUGCACUGAAAUCUCAUUCCUAAUAAGUGUAACCUAUAUCUCACCCCUCCCUCCCUCCCUCCCUGCCUCCCUCCCUCCCUCAGCUGCCAAGCAUGUUUGGAGACCUGCGCUCCACCUUCAUCGCUCUCAUGAUCGGCUCCUACGCAUCUUCGGCCGUCACCUUCCCUGGGAUCAAGGUGAUCUAUGACCUGGGCGCCACCUUCAUCAGCAUCCUGCUGGUGUGGGCGGCCUGUGCCGGCCUCGUCUUCCUCAACUGCUUCUUCAACUGGCCCCUGGAGCCCUUCCCCGGCCCCGAGGACAUGGAUUACACGGUAAAGAUCAAGUUCAGCUGGCUGGGCUUCGACCACAAGAUCACAGGGAAGCAGUUCUACCGGCAGGUGACCACGGUGGGGCGUCGUCUGAGCGUCGGACACUCCAUGAAGCAGCACCCGCGGGAGCUGGCAGUGCAGGAGGGCAACAAGCUCUGCCUCUCCACCGUCGACCUGGAGGUCAAAUGCAAGGCGGAGGAAGAGACCCAGUCGUUCAUGAAGAGCAUCUUCAGUCCUAUCUUCAUGCUCAGCCUCAUCACCAUGUGUGUCACCCAGCUGCGCCUCAUCUUCUACAUGGGGGCCAUGAACAACAUCCUGGAGGCUCUCACAGACGGUGACCUCACCACAGUGCAGAGGAUGGAAGUGGUGAGCGUGUACACGUCCAUCUUUGGUGUGCUGCAGCUGCUGUGUCUCGUCACCUCUCCUGUGAUUGGCUACAUCAUGGACUGGAAGCUCAAAGACUGUGAGGAUGGAGACGACAAGGAUCUCAAAAAGGAGCCUGGAGCUCCCAAGAGGAGAGACAGAACCGUCCAGAAGAUCACCAACGCCACGAGAGCCUUCAUCUUCACCAACCUGCUGCUGGUCUGCUUCGGAGCCACCUGCCUCAUUCCCAGCCUACCUCUGCAGAUCCUGUCUUUUGUUCUUCAUACCAUCGUAAGAGGCUUCAUCCACUCUGCUGUCGGAGGCCUGUACGCCGCUGUGUACCCGUCGUCUCAGUUUGGCAGUCUCACAGGGAUGCAGUCCCUGAUCAGCGCUCUGUUCGCUCUGCUGCAGCAGCCGCUCUUUAUGGCCAUGGUGGGCCCCCUGGAGGGAGACCCCCUAUGGGUGAACGUGGCUCUGUUGGGGUUGAGCAUGCUGGGGUUCUGCCUGCCUCUCUACCUGCUCUGUCACAGCCGACACCUGCGGCGCCUGCAGCGCGAGCGCCAAGAGGACCCCAAGAUCUACGUCCAGGUCAACACUGAAAGCAAACCUGAAGCCUCCGUCUAGACCGGGAGGAGGGAGGAAGAAGAGAGGAGAGGAGGAGGAGAGAAGAGAGGAGGAGAAGAGAGGAUGAGAAGAGAGAGGA